ACCCCCACCACCACCACCACCACCGCCGCCUCGACUCUGGCUGGCAGCAGAGCUCUGGGAUGCUGAAGCAGAGCAGAAGCGUAUCGGCGGCGCCACGAGUGUGAGUGGGAUGAGGGCUGAGAGUGGAGAUGUAAAUGGGGAUGCAGCACUUUCGGCAAGAAUCCGGACAUUCAUUCAGUUUUAAAGUGCUCCGCAUUAAAUUGCAAACAGCGUCUCUCCUCUCUGAAGCAAUCCAUUAUUGACGAUUAAUGUCAAAACGCAUGCUUGAGCAGCUUAAUGCUGCCUCACUGGGUGGAACAUCGCUAAUGGAAGGUAAACCUUAUAAGAGCCAGCCUAUCAAAAUACACCUAAGAGCAGCAUGAUGCCCUCGAAAGUGUCAUGUUUGUACAUACUGACGGUGGUCUGCUGGGCGAGCGCCCUGUGGUACUUGAGCAUCUCGCGGCCCACGUCCACGUACGUCGGCCACAUGGCUGUGCCUAGACGUAGGAUUGGGAAACCGCCUCCCAAAAACAUCACCUUCACCAACAUCCGCGCCCGCCCCCUCAACCCACAUGCCUUUGAAUUUGUAAUAAACGAGCCGAAGAAGUGCGAAAGCGCCGCGCCCUUCCUGGUUAUCCUCAUCAGCACAACGCACAAGGAGUUUGACGCCCGGCAGGCCAUCCGGGAGACCUGGGGCGACGAGAGCACCUUCAGCGACAUUCGCAUCCUCACCAUCUUUCUGCUGGGCAGGAACACGGAUGAUGUGCUUAACCAGAUGGUGGAGCAGGAGAGCCAGAUCUUCCAUGACAUUGUGGUGGAGAACUUCAUCGAUUCAUACCACAACCUGACCCUCAAGACCCUGAUGGGCAUGCGCUGGGUGGCGACGUUCUGCCCAAAGGCGCAGUACGUCAUGAAGACGGACAGCGACAUCUUCGUCAACAUGGACAAUCUCAUCUACAAGCUUUUAAAGCCCAGCACCAAGCCCAGAAGGAGAUACUUCACGGGAUAUGUGAUAAACGGUGGUCCCAUCAGGGACAUGCGCAGCAAGUGGUACAUGCCCAGAGACUUGUACCCUGAAAACAAAUACCCACCGUUCUGCUCAGGCACCGGCUACGUGUUCUCGGCAGACGUAGCCGAGCUAAUCUACAAGACUUCGCUGCACACGAGACUCUUGCACCUGGAAGACGUGUAUGUGGGAAUGUGUUUGCGUAAACUGGGCAUACACCCUUAUCAGAACAGUGGGUUCAAUCACUGGAAAAUGGCCUACAGCCUCUGCAGGUACAGGCGCGUUAUCACGGUCCACCAGAUCCCCCCGGAGGAGAUGCACCGCAUCUGGAAUGACAUGUCCAGCAAGAAGCACCUCAGAUGUUAGGGGACACGAGGAUCAAUGAACAACAACUCCAAUUUAUCCAACCGACCCCCUCCCCACCCCGACCUCAUUUACUUUGGCCUUUGUAUCCUAUUACAUAUUGUCACAUUUAAUCAUGUAAGAACUGCAGCUGUUUCUGCAAGUCUCAGUUUUAUGACACAUGGAUUCAUUAGCGUCCAUGUCUCAAUUUCUGCUAAUUACAUCAUUUGUAAGGUGUGUAUUGUCACUCAUUCUUAAAGGGCCGGUUCAGGAGUUAUAAAGGUGGGUUCUGUUAAAAGUUUUCAGGCUGUUAAUAUCUUUCCUAACCUGCGGGAGUAAACUCCUAAUGCAUUUUCAUUGAGUACGAAUCCAGCUUGGUUGCUCAGACGGGUUGGAGCCUGGUCUGAAAUAGGCAGUAGGAUAAAAGCGGCCUUAAAAAUCACUCCGGUCCAAACAACGUCAUAUUGGUGUAUGAGAAAUGUUUGAAAAAUACUUUAAACCAAAGUGAUAUUUUCAUUGGAUGGCUAUUUACAGGGAAGCAGAUUAUGUCGCUUCAUGCUUGCUCAGUAUGAGGGAUUGUUGCAAAGCCAUGGACAAUGCAGACGACUCUCCCUGUGGCU